AUGCCGCAAGAAGACAUGUUUGAGUGGCUGUCCAAUGAAUUGGCGCAAGAACGACUGGCACUGGAACAGCGCCACUCGAGUCUCUUGAAGGAGCUCUCCCUGCGUUUGGGUCCAAAAACUCCUAGUGGACCCCUGGGUGCUUUGGAAGUGUUGCAACUGGCAAAGCCGCAGCCAGAUUGGUCUGUGCGGCCCGAGUCUGUCAGCCCAAAGCAGACCCAAGAGGCCACAAGUGCGGCCAGCAGCAGGUCGAAUAUCCAAGGGAUAGGCGAGGCCGCAAUCGACACGCAAUUGGUCAAUGAGGUGGAGCAGGAGUUGGAGGAGGACGAAGAAGAAGAAGAAGAAGAAGAGAGGAAGAGACAAAAAAUCGCAGCCAAGAAAGAGCAGUCAGAGUUGAGCAAUACACUUUCCAGAAAAUCCAAAAUAUCAAAGAAUACGGAACAGAGCUUUUGGAAGCCGGUCUGGAUCAUUACCUCUCCGCUCUUCGAGUUGGGUUAUGCCCUGUGUAUUAUGCUCCAUGCGGUCUUGAUGGCAGCAGAAUUGCAGUAUCGCGCAAUGGACGUUGGAUACAAAGUUAGCUAUCCACACUUCACGCAGACGUCUCACGAGGCAUAUCCAGCACUUGCGUAUUUUUUCAAUAUUGCCGAAUGGAUCUUCGGGAUUCUUUUCCUUAUUGAAGCAAUUCUGAAGCUGAUGGCUUUGCGGUGGAAGUAUUUUCGCGAGCUUUGGAAUUGUUUUGAUUGUAUUCUGUGUGUUUUCUGGAUUGCAGAUCGUGCAUUGGAGAACAUGCCUUUCGACACAUCUAUGUUGCGAUUGCUCCGAUUGGCAAGAUUGAUACGGCUGGUGAAAUUGGCACGCACUGUGCAGGGCUUCGAUGCCCUGGCAGUAAUGACAACAUCCCUUCAUGGUUCAAUACACGCACUCAUAUGGGUUGCAGUUCUGUUGGUCUUGGUGCAGAUGACCUUUGCGCUUCUCCUCAGUCAGGUAUUGUUCUUCUACAUAGAGGAUGAGAGACAGCCUGUGGAAGAUCGCAGAGACGUGUUUGAGUACUUUGGAAAUUUCACAAGGGCCAUGCUGAGUAUGUUCGAAAUCACGCUUAGAAAUUGGCCUCCAGUGGCGCGACUCUUGCAGGAGAAGGUGAGUCCCUGGCUUGUGAUCUUCAGCAUCGGGCACAAAAUCAUUUUUGGUUUUGCAUGCUUGGCUGUCAUCAAUGGUGUCUUCAUGCAAGAAACAUUUAAAGUCGCUCAGCAAGAUGAUCAAAUUAUGCUGAGGACUGUGGAGACAAAAAAGAACGCCCACAGGAGAAAAAUGAAGAUGUUUUUUCAACAUGCUAAUGAUGACGAUGACAACAUCCUUUCUAUUGACGAGUGGAAGGAUGUGCUUAGUGAGGAGAAGGUAAAGCAUUGGUUUGCAGCACAGGGGCUUUCUAUUUCCGAUCCGGACCUGCUGUGGAAGAUCCUGGACACCUCUGGAGAUCGCCAACUAGAUUUGGAGGAACUGAUACAGGGAACAGCACGUUUGCAAGGCUUUGCAAAGAGCCUUGACUUGGCAAUUUUAAACAUGGAGCAGAAGACCUUGCAGACACAGACCGAGGAAAUUAUGCAGAAUGUUGGUUUAAUCAGGCAGCAAACUGCUCUGCUGCUGAGGAACAACUAUGAUAGGAACUGCGAACAGACACUGCGUGCCUGA